UUACGCCGGCGCCUGCCUGUCGCUGCCCCGCUAGCUCCCGCAGCAGCCAUGGACUGCUACACGGCCAACUGGAACCCGCUUGGGGACUCUGCCUUCUACCGGAAAUAUGAGCUGUACAGCAUGGACUGGGACCUGAAGGAGGAACUCCGGGACUGCCUGGUGGCUGCUGCGCCCUACGGAGGCCCAAUUGCCCUGCUGAGGCAUCCAUGGCGAAAGGAGAAGGCUGCCAGCGUGCGGCCAGUGCUCGAGAUCUACUCGGCGGCCGGUGUGUCCUUGGCCAGUCUGCUGUGGAAGAGCGGGCCCGUGGUGUCGUUGGGCUGGUCAGCUGAGGAGGAGCUGCUGUGUGUGCAGGAGGAUGGGGCAGUGCUGGUUUUUGGGCUCCACGGUGACUUCCGGAGACACUUCAGCAUGGGCAAUGAAGUACUCCAGAACCGGGUUCUGGAUGCCCGGAUCUUCCACACGGAGUUUGGUUCUGGAGUGGCCAUCCUCACAGGGGCCCACCGUUUCACCCUCAGUGCCAACGUGGGUGACCUAAAGCUCCGCCGGUUGCCGGAGGUGCCAGGCCUGCAGAGCGCCCCCUCGUGCUGGACUGCGCUGUGCCAGGACCGGGCAGCACACAUCCUUCUGGCCGUGGGGCCUGAUCUUUACCUAGUGGACCAGGCCGCCUGCUCCGCUGUGACGCCCCCAGGCCUCACCCCAGGAGUCAGCAGCUUUCUGCAGAUGGCAGUCUCCUUCACCUACCGGCACUUGGCACUCUUCACAGACACGGGCCACAUCUGGAUGGGGACGGCGUCGCUCAAGGAGAAGCUGUGUGAAUUCAACUGCAAUAUCCGGGCCCCUCCGAAGCAGAUGGUCUGGUGUAGCCGUCCUCGCAGCAAGGAGAGGGCUGUCGUGGUGGCCUGGGAGAAGCGGCUGAUGGUGGUGGGUGAUGCGCCCGAGAGCAUCCAGUUUGUGCUGGACGAGGACUCCUACCUGGUGCCUGAGCUCGAUGGUGUCCGCAUCUUCUCACGGAGCACCCACGAGUUCCUGCACGAGGUCCCAGUGGCCAGCGAGGAGAUCUUCAAGAUUGCCUCGAUGGCCCCCGGGGCACUGCUGUUGGAGGGCCAGAAGGAAUAUGAGAAGGAGAGCCAGAAGGCAGACGAGUACUUGCGGGAGAUCCAGGAGCUGGGGCAGCUGACCCAGGCCGUGCAGCAGUGCAUCGAGGCCGCGGGGCACGAGCACCGGCCAGACAUGCAGAAGAGCCUGCUCAGGGCGGCCUCCUUUGGAAAGUGUUUCCUUGACCGGUUUCCACCUGACAGCUUCGUGCGCAUGUGUCAGGAUCUGCGCGUGCUCAAUGCUGUUCGGGACUACCACAUUGGCAUUCCCCUCACCUAUAGCCAGUAUAAGCAGCUCACUAUCCAGGUGCUGCUGGACAGGCUCGUGUUGCGGAGACUCUAUCCCCUAGCCAUCCAGAUAUGCGAGUACCUGCGUCUUCCUGAGGUACAGGGCGUCAGCAGAAUCCUGGCCCACUGGGCUUGCUACAAGGUGCAACAAAAGGAUGUGUCUGACGAGGAUGUUGCUCGGGCCAUUAACCAGAAACUUGGGGACACACCUGGUGUCUCCUACUCGGACAUUGCCGCACGGGCUUAUGGCUGCGGCCGCACGGAGCUGGCUAUUAAGCUGCUGGAGUACGAGCCGCGCUCAGGGGAGCAGGUGCCCCUUCUCCUAAAGAUGAAAAGAAGCAAACUAGCCCUGAGCAAGGCCAUCGAGAGCGGGGAUACGGACCUGGUGUUCACGGUGUUGCUGCACCUGAAGAACGAACUGAACCGAGGCGAUUUCUUCAUGACCCUCCGCAACCAGCCCAUGGCCCUGAGUUUGUACCGACAGUUUUGUAAGCACCAAGAGCUGGAGACGCUGAAGGACCUUUACAAUCAGGAUGACAACCACCAGGAGCUAGGCAGCUUCCACGUCCGAGCCAGCUACGCCGCGGAGGAGCGUAUUGAGGGGCGAGUGGCAGCUCUGCAGACAGCAGCCGACGCCUUCUACAAGGCUAAGAAUGAGUUUGCAGCCAAGGCCACCGAGGACCAGAUGCGGCUCCUGCGGCUUCAGCGGCGCUUAGAAGAUGAGCUGGGGGGCCAGUUCCUGGACCUGUCUCUUCAUGACACGGUCACCACCCUCAUCCUCGGGGGCCACAACAAGCGGGCAGAGCAGCUGGCCCGAGACUUCCGUAUCCCUGACAAGAGGCUCUGGUGGCUAAAGCUGACAGCCCUGGCUGCUCUGGAGGACUGGGAGGAGCUAGAGAAGUUUUCCAAGAGCAAGAAGUCACCCAUUGGAUACCUGCCCUUCGUGGACAUCUGUAUGAAACAGCACAACAAAUACGAGGCCAAGAAGUAUGCUUCCCGCGUGGGGCCCGAGCAGAAAGUGAAGGCUUUACUUCUUGUGGGGGAUGUGGCUCAGGCCGCCGAUGUGGCCAUUGAGCACCGGAACGAGGCUGAACUGAGCCUUGUAUUGUCCCACUGCACGGGAGCCACUGAUGGGGCUACUGCUGACAAGAUCCAACGGGCGAGGGCACAGGCCCUCAAGAAGUGAGAAGCCUACCCUGCGAGAGGAUCCCCGAGCAGGGGCUCCUCCCCUAACCCUGGGGUUGGUCCAACUGUUGUUGCUCCUUCAGCUCCUCCCCCAGAGCCAAGCUGAGGAGCUGGAGUGAGGCAGCAGUGGGGGUGAUUGUAAAUAAAGUUGAAGUGUUUUGA